AUGGGCUUCUUGGAGGAUGAAGCAAUGAAUGACCUUGGAGGGGAAAGGGUAACAUCAGAGGGAGGUUGUGGAACUGAGGGAGCAAUGAAAGGAGGUGGGGGUGGUAGUUCCUCAGGACUAUGUGAUGAAGAGGCUGGUCCAAUUGGAGAGCCAAUAGAAGAUGGUGACUCAAACCCAACCUCAAUUGUGGGGGAACUAGGCCCUGCAGACUAUGCUUGGACUCUUGGUCGCUCAUGGGAGGAAUUUUUAGCGUACUUCGUGGCACAUACAGUGGCACGUAUAUCUGAUCUAGUAGAGAUGCCGCCUGCUUUUGAUGAUGAUGGGGAUGAUCAGCCACAGAGGCGAGGGGGAGCCAGACAGAGAGAUGAGGAGGGAGAGGAGAUAGGAGAGGGUGGCAGAGAUGAUGGAGGAGGUGGUGGAGGAGGAGGUAGAGGUGGUUUUGAUAGAGGGCGAGGGGGUGGAGAUAGGGGAAGAGGAGAUGGAGGAGAUAGAGGACGGAUCGCUCUUGGUGCUGGUGGGGUUGGUAGGGUAGGCGCGGUGCUAGCGAUGAUGGAUGGUAUAGAGGAUGAUAGACGACCUACCCAGAGGAGGAGAUAUGAUGUUCUACCUCCACCACCACCUCAAAUAGGGACAGGUGUGGGUGGUACCACUACACAGGUACCCGUUUAG